GAACCGGUUUCUUGGGCAGAUGGCAGCCUUGGUCUGGCCACAAACUGAUUGACAGGUGCUGUGACCAGAAGCUCUAGACUCCAGGCCCUGUCCCCCGAGCUCAGCCCUCGGAUGUCCCACCGCCCAGAGCCUGCAUGCGCCGCGGGGCGCCCCAGGAGCAGGAGCUGGUGGGUCCGGGGGCUCCUGGGCGGGGAUCCCGGGGCGCCCCUCCUCCCUCGGGACCUGUUGUCCCGGUCCUCGUCUUUCCCCCGAAUCUAGUGUUCAGGGCGGACCAGCGAAGCGGACCCAGGCAGCUGCUGACCCUCUAUAACCCCACAGGAACCCUGCUUCGCUUCCGAGUCCUGUGCACAGCACCUGCCAAAUACACAGUGUUUGACGCAGAAGGAUACGUCAAGCCUCAGUCCUGCAUUGACAUUGUGAUUCGCCACGUGGCCCCCAUUGCCAGACACUAUGAUAUCCAGGACCGCUUCCGAAUUGAGCUGUCUGAGGAGGGAACUAAGGGCCGAGUGUUGGGGCGCAAAGACAUCACCUCGGUUUUGAGGGCCCCAGCCUACCCCCUUGAACUUCAGGGACAGCCUGACCCAACACCCCACCCAGGGCCUCCUUCCUGGACAUCACCACCGAGGACCAGACUCCACGAGAAAUCCCACCCACAACUGGCCACCAGUUCCUUCCUCCUGUUCUUGCUGACGGGCAUAGUCUCGGUGGCCUUCCUGCUGCUCCCACUCCAGGAUGAACUCGGCAGCCAGCUGCCCCAAAUCCUGCAUGUCUCGCUGGGACAAAAGUUGGUUGCAGCCUACGUCUUGGGCCUCCUCACCAUGGUCUUCCUCCAGACCUGAGCCCCCUGCUCAACCUCAACGCCCUUCCCCGAGCAGGGAUGUGGACAGGAAACAGCCACUGUGAUGCUCAUACCUUGCCUCAAUUCCUACUCCUUCCUGCUACUCCUUCCACCCCCAACAAAAAAAUACCGAGGGAUUUGUAUUCAUUUUCCAAGUUGAAUAAAAUACAUUUGCAAAAU